AUGAAUAGCGUUGCAGUGGCAAACCAAGAAGAAGCAGCUACCAUCGCUGCAGAAUUCCUGUCAAGUUUGGACAAUCUUCCAAAUGAAGUGCAACAUCUGCUUGCUGAGAUAAAACAUAAAGACACACGAGUCAAUGAGUUACAACAGGAAAUACACAAGAAUAGUGAUCGCUACUUCAGACAUGCUCUCAAGAACCUCAAUAUAAAAGAGCCAAAGGAAAACGGGAAGGAUAAAGACACGAAAGACUCAGCGAUACAAGCUCGCGUUUCCAAUGCGUUUGCAGAGAUGGAACAACUCUCGAAGGAGAAGAUUGCUCUUGCCACUCGACUUGUUGAGACUCUGACCCGAGUCAGCGCACGACUCGAUCAUGACCAUGCUAGAGUUGUACAACUUUCGGGCGAACAGACACAGGAGCAAUAUGAGGUACGCGGUGGAUACGUCGUUGGGACGCUUCCUGGCGCGUCGGCACCGAUUGGUCUCAGUGCGAACACGAGCAUCUCUGCACCUGUCCCACGUUCUGUUAGAGAAUUGCAAGAUAGUUUGCGGAGCGCUGUCGCUAAUGAGUUGGUCUCUGCUACCCCACCUCCACCUGGUGCUGCCCAGAAUGCACAGAAGCGUAAGCUGCAUGAUUCUCACUGUCGACGGUUGAAUACCGGUGCUGCGGUUGCUAGCAUCAGUGCCAAUGUCUCGCGCGCGCACACUCCGCAAGCUCGAUCACGGCUUUCUCAACAAGUACAUCCUUCACCACCACCUCCGCCUGCAGCUUCACGCUCUCGCCGUAUUGCCACUCCCGCCGUCGACGAAGACGAUGAAGGUGAAGAUGCCGAUGCCGAUGGAGAUGUUGACGACCAAGAUGAAUCUGGUGAUCCUGAAGAUAAAGGAUUAUACUGCUAUUGUCAGAAAGUGUCGUACGGAGAGAUGAUUGCAUGUGACAACGAUAGCUGUCCUUAUGAAUGGUUCCAUUUGGGCUGCGUUGGUCUCAAACAGCCACUGCCUGACAGUUGGUUCUGUGAUGAAUGUUUGAAGAGUUUGGGUGCUGGUGGAGGUGGGUCUCGUAAAGGGCGAAGGAAGGCUCAGUGA